AUGGGCAUCAACGGGUUGUGGGAUGUGCUGGGUGAAGGGGAGAUAUGGCACAUUGCUGAUUAUGCCGCCGCGCACUUCAAGGAGCACAAACGGCCGCUUCGAAUCGCUGUCGACGAAGCCACAUGGCGAUUCACGAAUCUGACACCGGAGCAGACUGAACGAAUUCGUGAAGGAGAACCCGCUGCAAACCCUCAAGAAAAGGUCAUCCUCUGGCGUAUCCUCCGACAAUGGCGACUCAACAUCCAAUACCUCUUUGUGACCGAUGGUAUGAAGAAGCCAUGGAAGGCAGGGCGUCACGGCAAGGGGCCUGGAGGCGGUAAAAUGGACGAGCAGUGCAUUAAACUUCUGCAUCAAAUGUUCGACCUCUUGAAGGUGCAUUAUCACCGAGCACCUGGUGAAGGCGAGGCAGAGUGCGCCCGUCUGCAACAGCUGGGCAUCGUCGACGUUGUCUGGAGUGACGAUUGCGACGCUUUCAUGUUCGGAUGCACGACUCUGAUCAAGCAACACAAAGUCGGACAAAAACGAGUCGAAGACCACAUCCGAGUCUACAAGGCCUCGACGAUCUUGGAGCAACUCGACAUGGAUGCAGACAGUCUUGUUCUCUUCGCAUUGCUAUCCGGUGGAGACUACGAUGAGACAGGACUUCGAGGCUGCGGACCACAGUUGGCGAAAGUCAUGGCCAAGAAGUCACUCGGGCUUGCAACGCAAGCAAAACACAUGCCAAAGGAAGAUCUUCCAAGAUGGCGGGCUGCUCUCUCUGAGGCUUUGCGAGCAGCAGGCAAGGGGAUGGAGAUUCCUCCUACAUUUCCCAAAAUCAAAGCGCUCGAGGGCUACCGAGCGCCUUCAGUCUCAACAGAUGAACAGUGCCACAAUCUGAGGGCUUUGCGUCGCGGAUGGGACUUACAAAUCGAUCAGCCAAAGCUACGAAUCGAGCUUCGACACAGGUACAAUUUCUCCACACGCGAAUAUCUCAAACACCUAGCACCGGCAUUCCUCGCUCAAAAGCUAGCACGCACGAGCUCUACACAGGGACGCGAGGAGAACCUCAGUUUCGGAGUCGAACUUAAGCCGGUUCGACACAACAAGAAUGUCGACCCCAACGGUCCUGGGAAGUGCGAAGUCAGAAUCAUGAUUUCGGCCGCCGAUCUCGUGGAAGUCGAUCUGUCGGCGCAGCCACCCGAAGAGGACUGGACCAAGUUUGCAGCCAAGGACGGCACGCCAUACAGUCCGCACGAGAAGAUCGAGUGCUACAUACUGGAUUGUCUGCUGCGCAACGGCCUUCCCGAGCGCGUGUUUGAUGCGCCUGCUGAAUCACCAAAGCGAAAGUCGAAAUCAAGCGCUGCGGCAAAAGCUUCGCAGGAUGCUUCUCAAGACGCACCGGCCUCAUCUCUGGACCAAGCGGUGUCCGCUGGUAGCGAUUUGUCUGAUGAUCCACAGCCUGCUGUGAAUCUCAAGAAGAGGUCCACAGCGCCAAAAGACAGCUCCGGUGCGGCGAAGCCACCAAAGAAGAAGCGGAAGUCUGAGGAGGUUAUUGAAGAACCAUCGAGCCCGCCUCGGCCGGUAUUCAGAAGACCGGACAUGCCGACCUUCGCGAAGCCGGCUGCGAAGCCGACUGCGAAGCCGACUGCGAAGAUUGUUGACCUCUGCGACGAUGACAGCGACGAACCAACGUCGGCCUGGUCCAGCCAGAGAACGGCCGAAGAUUUCAUGCCGCGAGCGAUGCAAACACAGGCCGCUCCAGGGGCACUGUCAAUACAAAUGAGCUCGUCACAACCACACACUCGCUUCGAAGUCCAAGUGUCGCAAGAGCCUCCUGUUGCUAAACAUCGCUCGCCAGAGACAGCAACGCAACGCGCGUCAUCGAUACGAUGGCCAGACACAUCGCCCCAGCGACUAUUCGCGAAUUACGUCUAUCGAAUUUGCUUCGAAACCAGGCUGUUGUACCAGAAUCCUUGCCCGAAAGCAUUGGGAUGCCCCCGAGCCAAGAUCGCGAAGACUCUAAGUCGCGACGACAUGUGGAAGUCAUCGAUCUGACUUGAACGGAUCCAGGAACAGGAGUUUGCGAUAGCAGCUCUAAUUCUGAAGCACUAUUGCGUCACUACGAAACAGCUUCAUCAUCGGAUUCUCCUUCCAAUUUACGUCAGGAAAAGUUUCAUCGAUGUUCUCUCAAUCACAAAAUGACGUCUCCCGGUGGACGACCCCGUCUCAGCCAAGAUUGGAGUGGUCCCUUGUUAUUUCGCCCCUGAAUUCUUAGCAGGAGAUGCAUUAUUAGUCAGGUACAGGGCUAUCCCACACGAGUCGCACGCCCUCACAGCCACCCGAUCCGUGCGAUUUUGAUGUUUUGCCUAUGCCACGCAAUGCAACACUGCCUUGGAUGCUGUCGGUUUGAACUUGUCUUGGAAAAAUAUGGAACCCAGGAGCAUGCUUCAUAAAGAGGCUGACAGCGCCCCAAAUCUUGUCUUGACUUCUCCAACAACCACGCAUUCGCCAAAACAACCUUUCACAAGCACCACUUUCACCGGCUUCAAUAAUCCCUACGAGCACUCGAAUUUUCCAACGAACAUAUUCCCAAUCAGCCGAUCAGUCACUCAACCAUCAACAUGCGCGUCACCACCUUCAUGAUCGCUGGUCUCAGUGCCUUCGCCGUUGCCCAAGAUCAGGGUGGCUCGGGAUCUGGCUCGGGAUCUGGCUCAGGGACCGGCUCCGGUGAGGGCCAGGCCAACGGUGCUGCCAACGGCGGUGCGGCCAACGGUGACGUCUCGGGCUCGGCCAGCGGUGACCUCUCGGGCCAAGUCAAUGGCGUCCUGGGCCAAGCAUCUC